UUUUCAAUAGAUCUACAUACCUACGCCAACUACAUUUAAUAAGCAGAAACUAGAGCCAAGCUAUUAUCAUAAAGACAGUAGCAGAUCAAGAGAAUUGGGAAUAUUAGAUGAUAUAUUUCAAAAGAGAAACAAACAAGACUUUAUGAGUACAAUAGAUAUAACAUGUCCUGCUAUACAACAAUAUGAUACUCCUACUCAUUCACCUUCUUCAAUUACUUUGCAUGUCCCUUCUUUACCCGUUUCACCAAAAUCUCCUAUUCUGUUUCAAAACAAAAGGUCAGGAAGUUUCAGUAGUGAAGCAAGCAUGAAUUCCCAAUCAACAAUUAUGCAGUACCAGCAUCGUUCUGUUCGUCCUACUGAAUCAACCUCUACUUCAUCCUUUGGUAGUCAAUCUACUGCUACAUCUGCAUUAUCUCGUUCAACUAUUCCUAUUGCUGAAAGUACACUUCGUCGUAGACAACAACAACAGCAACAACAACAGCAACAAAAUUUGUCAUUAAGUGUUUCUGAAAGCACUUGUAAAGCUUCAGAUACCCCUCGUACCUUAUCAUCGCAUGCUGGUUUAACCAGACGUGCAACUCAUAUCCCUGCACCCAGUACUACGGUACGUAAAACUGGAACAAGACAAUCGAUCAUACCUCAACGAACAAAAUCAACCACGACUUCAAAUACAUCAUUACUGCCCUCUCAACAGCAACCACGUUCAUUAAGUAGAAUGAGUCAAGCCUCGGGUCGAGCGAGUCAUAUUCCUACAGCUCCAAGAAGCACAACCUCAUUAGGUAUUGCUUCUAUUUCAUCGCCACAAAAGCAAUCAAGCAUCCCACAAUGCAACACAAGAAGCAAACCUUCAAUAGGAAACAGUUUAUUGUCUCAAAGUAAAACAAAGAGUAGUGGCCUGAGGGCGCCAGCUUCAAGAAGCUUAUACAAGUAUUAAUGUUUUCUAUUUAUUCAUUUUAAAAGUUUAGCUUUUUAUUUAUUCAUUAA